AUGCGCGAACCUGUCAGGGGCACGUGCGAACAUCUAGCGAGGACGGCAGCCGUGAUUGUUGACUGGCUGUAUCUAUACAGCCCUCCUGCGGCGGACGCAAGGGCUAUGGGAGCUCGUGGAAUACUAGCAAGAGCAACAGCGAAUGACAAGCAGGACACGGAAGAUGUUUCUCGCAAAUUGCACAAUGCUUGCAUGCUUUUGACUGCGCCAGCUGACGAGGUAAGCCACUUCUUGCGAGUAUGCCGUCGUUUCCUUACUCUCUUGAUCUACGACUACUACCGAUACGAUAAGCAUGGUCGGACGCUUCUGAUCACGGCGGCCGCUCUGGGACAUGUGAAGUCGGUUAUAGACUUGCUUCUAGCGGGCAUCGAUACAGGCCACAAGGACUUUUCUGACAAUACGGCACUGCUAUGCGCGGCUGGAGCAGGACGCCAUGUCGUUGUCCAACUGUUGCUCACGGUCGGCGUACGAAAUGCCGAACCUGCGGAUGAUCUGGCCUCCAGAUUGAGCACGUUGAAGAAAUUCGAUCGGCAGGCAACGCGCCUAGGUGGUCUGACAGCGUUGUCAGCAGCAUCGCGUAACGGGCACGAAUCGGUGGUGAGGCUGUUGCUUGCAGAUCCCGAUGUCAAUCCCAACCAUCAAGAUGGCCUCAGUCGGACGCCGUUGACAUGGGCAUCGACGCGAGGGCAUGUGGCGGCUGUACAAGCGCUGCUAUCGCACGAGGGUGUCGAUGCUGAUCACAGGGAUUGGAAUGGGGAUACACCGUUGGCGUCAGCAGCGAAGAACGGCCAUGUUGACGUGGUUGAGCUACUACUAGCGCACGCAAGGGUAGACCGGAACUCGACAAAUAGCGAAUGGAAGACACCGCUGUCGUUGGCGGCGCAGAUGUGGAAGGUAGAGGUUGUGCGACGAUUGCUGGCCGCAGGGGCUGACCCAACGAUGAAAGAUGAUCGUGGCUUUAGCCCUGUUGACUUGGCCAAAGGCGGAGAUGACCGCGUGCGGCGUGGACUCGAUGGAUUGGAGAACCAACCGGCUAUGAUUAAGCUGUUGAACGGCGCGAUAGCGGCUCGAGAGCCGAAGGAGUCUGCUCUCUUGCGUUACUCCAUCCAUUUUUUUAGAAGGCAUAGCUGUUGUAGCUCUAUUCUCGUUGGUAUUUUCCCGUCCGCGCAAGAGAGCUGCCUUGCUGGGGUGAGCGGGGCCGGUUCGUCUCUGGUGAAGAGAGCUACAGCGGGCUUAUGGGCGUUAGCAGAAAGGGGCGAAGUAAUGCAUAAUGCGGGCCGCAAUCCAAAGUCCCAUGAUCGGGUAGAACGAGAUGCUGCGCAGAACCGACUGCGCUAA